GCGGGCACCGUGCGGGGUAGCGCGUCCGCCCGCCGCGCCCGCGGGAGAGGCGAGGCGGGGCGGGGCGGAGCGGAGCGGGGCGGUCCCUCCCUCCCUCCCUCCCAUGUGGGCGGAGCUGAGCCGACAAGAUGGCGGCGGCGCGAAGGGCGGGGAAGGUGUUGAGGUUGGCGGCCGGAACGCCGAGCCUUGCUUUUACUCGUUCCGCAUUUGUUGCAAGAAAACGUAAUUAUGACCAACCAAACUGGCUUGGAGUUGGCUUGGCCUUUGGCACCAGUGCUGCCUUGUGGGCUUAUCUUUUCAAGCAACAUAAUGAUGAUGUAAUGGAGUAUGAAAGAAGAAAACAAGAGAGACAACAUAAGUGUACAGAUUGCUCCUAGUUGACGGUAUGCUCAGUAAGAAGCAACAUGCUCACCACUUGUCCUGCAAAUAAAUGAGCGCAGCAGAAGUACAAAGUAUCUAAAUACUUACAUGUUCAUACAUUUCAUGUGCAGAAUUAUGAAAUAAAUUAUAAAGUAUGAAAGAAACUUA